CGGCUGGAUCUUUGUUGAGGUGUCGUGUUGUUGUUAAACCUUGUUAUUAUCUAACAAUUUCUAGAUUAUACCACAAGAGUCACUGGACGAAGUAAAAACGGCAGCAAUUAAAUUCGAUUUUUUUUCUGUGAAUCUUAAGGGGGCGGGGCUGUAGCUGGGAAAAAGUGUGCUGAAGUUUCACGACAGUGUUGUGCACAUAACGUCACGUCUGUAUAAUAUUCGUGACUCCUGAAUUAUUUUUUACAUUAGUCAGUGUUUUGUUUCGUCUUUCUCUUGCUUUGUGAGGGAUGUCCUGCUCAUCUAUCGGUCGGCGACUGGUCGCAUGUCUCCUGAACAUCUCAGAGGCGCGGAGACCAGACCUGGUGGAGACGGUGGCCAGGUCAGCCAUUACUGACACACAGGGAAGAAAGCGCGAGGGCGUCACAGUGCUGAACAUCUUCAAUGAUUUUGACUACAACCGCUCUGUCAUCACUAUUGUUGCAAGUAUUGAUCUAAUAAGAGAGGCUGUAUUGUCAGUCUGUGAACAUGCAUGCUCUGUCAUUGACAUGAAUGCUCAUGAAGGCGUCCACCCGUGUAUGGGUGCUGUGGAUUUGGUGCCUCUUUAUCCGCUGGGGAAGGAGGUUGGCCUAGAGGACUGUGGACAAGAGGCCAAAGCACUUGCCAUAGCUCUGACUGAACGAGUGGUAGGUACCAGUGCCUUUUUGUUCGGCUGGGGUGAUUCUCCUCAGCAUCGAGGUCUGGCUCAGAGGAGGAAAGAGCUUGGCUGGUUCAGAAAAGUCCAGGAUAUAUCAACUAUCCAACCAGAUGUAGGUCAACAGCCCACCAGAAGAUAUGGAAUUACAGGUGUUGGUGCCAGCCCAUAUGUUAUGAAUUGCAACGUGACUAUAGAUACUCAGGAUCUGUCCUUGGGGCGUUUUGUGGCUUCAGCAAUCCGUGAAUCCAAUCCAAAUGGUAUUCCUGGGGUGCAAGUUGUAGCUUUGCCACAUGAAGGUGCUGUGGAGAUUGCUUGCAACGUGGAGAGCGUUAAGGAUAGUUUUACAUCCUUAUCUUGUGGACAAGAGCCAUGGCCAGGCUUCACUAUUAAAGGGCAACAUUUUUACCAUGCUCCAGCCUCGCUAAUCACAGCUCGAGUGGCAGAGCUGGCUGCGUACUAUGGUGUGGCAGUCAAGGGUACAGCCCUGGUGGGCUUUACCCCGUGUGAGUGCUGGUCAUUGGCAGAGGAUGCACUCUCAAAGGGCAUUGGAGAGUACUGGAAAGAGCUGCACCGUGUGCAUAUGUAAUAAUAAAGCCAUAAACACAUCAUUGGC